CGAGCUGGUUGCAGCCGGUGCAGUUGGCCAGGUCUGAGAAGCCGCUGCCCGGCGGGAUCUCCCUGCAGAAUGGGUAAAAAGAUAAAGAAGGAAUCAGAGCCCCCUCCCAAGGAUGUGUUUGAUCCCUUAACAAUUGAAAGCAAAAAAGCAGCAACCGUGGUGUUAAUGCUUAAUUCUCCAGAAGAAGAAAUUUUGGCUAAAGCAUGUGAAGCCAUUUAUAGAUUUGCUUUAAAAGGUGAAGAAAAUAAAGCAACCCUCCUUGAACUUGGAGCUGUGGAACCGUUAACUAAGCUGCUCAACCACGAAGACAAAAUUGUGAGAAGAAACGCUACUAUGAUAUUUGGAAUUCUGGCUUCUAAUAAUGAUGUCAAAAAAUUGUUAAGGGAGUUAGAUGUCAUGAAUUCUGUGAUUGCUCAGCUGGCCGCAGAAGAGGAAGUAGUUAUCCAUGAGUUUGCUAGUCUUUGCCUAGCAAACAUGUCUGCAGAGUAUACCAGCAAAGUGCAAAUAUUUGAACAAGGUGGAUUAGAGCCUCUCAUCAGACUGCUAAGCAGCCCAGACCCGGACGUGAAGAAGAAUUCUAUCGAGUGCAUUUACAACUUGGUCCAGGAUUUUCAGUGCCGAGCGACACUUCAAGAACUAAAUGCAAUCCCUCCUAUAUUAGAUCUCUUGAAGUCAGAAUAUCCAAUUAUUCAGUUGUUGGCUCUCAAAACCUUAGAUGUUAUUACAAAUGAUAAGGAGUGCCGGGCAAUGCUAAGAGACAGUCAAGGAGUGGACCAUCUUAUUAAGAUCCUAGAAACUAAGGAAUUGAGUGACCUUCAUAUAGAAGCGCUUUCCGUGUUGGCCAAUUGCCUUGAAGAUAUGGAUACCAUGGUGAUGAUUCAGCAGACAGGGGGUCUUAAGAAGCUCCUAUCAUUUGCAGAAAACUCUACAAUUCCUGAUAUUCAAAAGAAUGCAGCAAGAGCAAUUACUAAAGCCGCUUAUGAUCCUGAAAAUAGAAAACUUUUUCACGAACAAGAAGUUGAAAAAUGCCUUGUAACCCUUUUGGGUUCUGAAAACGAUGGAACUAAAAUUGCCGCUUCCCAAGCUAUUUCGGCAAUGUGUGAGAAUUCGGGCAGCAAAGAAUUUUUCAAUCAUCAGGGGAUCCCACAGUUAAUUCAGUUACUAAAAAGUGACAAUGAAGAGGUAAGGGAAGCUUCGGCCCUUGCCCUGGCGAAUCUGACCACUUGUAAUCCCGCUAAUGCAAACGCUGCUGCCGAAGGUGAUGGUAUCGAUGCAUUAAUCAACGCCCUGUCCAGCAAACGAGAUGGAGCCAUAGCCAACGCCGCCACGGUGCUGACGAACAUGGCCAUGCAGGAGUCUCUGCGUCUGAGCAUCCAGAGCCAUGACGUCAUGCAUGCCCUGCUCAGCCCACUGCACUCUGCCAACACUGUCGUGCAGAGCAAAGCCGCUCUCACCGUUGCUGCAACUGCGUGUGAUGUCGAGGCCCGGACAGAGUUGAGAAAUUCAGGUGGGCUGGAGCCACUGGUAGAGCUCCUGCAUUCCAAGAACGACGAGGUACGACGGCACGCCAGCUGGGCCAUAAUGGUCUGUGCCAGUGAUGAGCCCACGGCCGCUGAGUUGUGCAGGCUUGGGGCUUUAGAUAUCCUUGAAGAAAUUAAUCUAUCAGUAAGUCGAAAAAAUAAAUUCAGUGAGGCAGCUCAUAACAAAUUGCUCAACCACCACCUGUCUCUGAAAUACAGCCAGACUGGCUAUUUGUCAUCAAGUAACAUAAUUACUGAUGGAGUCUAUGAUUAUGGUCGGAUAAAUCCUGGCACCAAACUUUUGCCUUUGAAGGAUCUCUGCUUACAAGAACCAAGUGACCGACGUGCUAUACUCUUAGUUAACAGUAAAUGUGAUGCUUCUCCAACUCCAUCUAUGGAAGAUAAGUCAUCAGACGUUGGUUAUGGACGAAGUAUUUCUUCUUCAUCUUCUUUAAGAAGAGCAAGUAAAGAAAAGACCAAAGAAAACAGUUAUCAUUUUAGUGCUGGAUUUGGAUCUCCCACCGAAGAGAAAUCAGAACCUACUUCGGGACGCAAUACUGCUCUUAGCAAAAGCGCCACUAAAGAGAAAGGAUCCAGGAAAGGCAGAGUAAAAAAAGAAGAGGAAAAAGUGAAGGAGGAGGAAGAGGUUGCAGUAGCACCAAAACUGACUGGAGACGGAAGUCCUGAUAAAGAAUGGCUCCCUCCCUCUGAUCCUGACUUCUGUGUUUAUGUGUAUGAAGUGACCAGAUCCAUACUUCCCAUCACCAGUAUAAAGGAACAGGUUGAGGUUCUUGCAAAGUACGUGGCAGAAAAAAUGGGCGGUAAAAUUCCAAAAGAAAAACUACAUGAUUUCAGCUGGGAACUUCAUAUAAGUGAACUAAAGUUUCAACUUAAAUCCAAUGUUGUACCAAUUGGACUGAUCAAAAAAGGAAUCUUCUACCAUCGAGCUUUGCUUUUCAAGGCUCUGGCUGACAGAAUUGGCAUCGGCUGCUCUCUGGUUCGCGGGGAGUACGGCAGAGCCUGGAAUGAAGUCAAGCUGAUGAAUGAAUCCCGAAAGGGGGUGAUUGGGGCUCUCCCUCCCCCGGAAACUUACAUAGUUGACCUCAUGUUCCACCCAGGGGCACUGAUAAAGUUAAGAAGCCGAGAGGCAGAUCUUUACAGAUUUCUCUAAACUUCCAAAUGAACACAAAAGGUGUUCAAACAAGAAAUCCAUUAUA